AAGUCACAGUUUGUCUGAGACUUGAUAUCAAACAGCAACAUUAUGUCUGGAAGAGGUAAAACCGGUGGCGGCAAGACCAGAGCAAAGGCAAAGACUCGCUCCUCCAGGGCCGGGCUUCAGUUCCCCGUGGGCCGUGUCCACAGGCUGCUGAGGAAGGGCAACUACGCCCAGCGUGUCGGUGCCGGCGCACCCGUCUACCUGGCGGCCGUACUCGAGUACCUCACCGCUGAGAUCCUCGAGCUGGCUGGAAACGCCGCCCGCGACAACAAGAAGACCCGUAUCAUCCCGCGUCACCUGCAGCUGGCUGUCCGCAACGACGAGGAGCUCAACAAGCUGCUCGGCGGAGUCACCAUCGCUCAGGGCGGAGUCUUGCCCAACAUCCAGGCUGUUCUCCUGCCCAAGAAGACCGAGAAGGCCGCGUCCAAGAAGUAAACACUAACCCUUCACAACACAACACAACGGCUCUUUUAAGAGCCACACACUUUCUCUGAGACAAAACUAAAUCCUCUUCAUUACAGCAUUACUUCAUGUGGGUACAGAUGUGAGAAGAAUGCUAACAUUUCAAUGUGUGCUCUAUAUGAUCAUGUGUUAUAUACCACCAAUGGCAUAUAAAAUCUCUCUCUACAACUA